GGUUUGGUUGUCCAAAAAUUAAUACAGAAUAGCCUUAUUAAACAUACUUUCUUCUAUAGUAAACUAAACCUUUUAGAUGUGCAGAAAUCUUCUAGUUGCUGUCUAAAGUACAAUGAAAAUGUCCCAGCCAAAUUCAAGCCUAGAAUUACACCGCUUCAAUUGGAUGACAUCUCCACCUUUUCCUCAUCAUCCUACUUAACCCAUGGAGUUUUGACAUCAUCACAGCAGACCAGAGGCUUAGUGCUACAACACACCUGAUGGCUACAGUAGUAUGGAUAUACAGUGUCAUUGAAGAUGAGCCAGGCAGAACAUGGAAGUGGGAAUGAGGAGUCUUUUCAGCUGACAGACAGCAUGAGAGAUUGCAGAUGAUGCUUUGAACUUCUCUCCUGAGCUUCCAAUAGAACUACAAAGGAAGAGCCGAACAGUUCGGCCUGCAGGUCCCUUGGAUGGAGGCUAUGGCUGGUUCAUAGUGCUUUCCACCUUCCUUGUCUUUGGUCUGACAUUCGGUGUAAUCAAGUCCGUUGACGUGUUCUUCGUAUAAAUCCACCAUUACUUCGCAACCACGGCGACUGCAAGCUCAUGGAUCACAUCCAUCUCUGUGGCAACAGUACAUUUUGGGGCCCCUGUAGGCUCCGCAUUGAGCGCAUACUUCGGCCAUUGGUCAUGGUGGGGGGUGUGCUGAGCAGCAUUGGGAUGGUGGCCGGGUCAUAUGCCCAGGUUCUGCUGCAGCUGUACAUCACUGUGGGGUUCCUUACAGGAAUCUUCAUAGACAAAAUGAAUGACUAUGGAGCUGGUUUUCUGAUGGCGGGUGUGGCUCUUCUCGUCUCCACCCUCUUUCUGCUUGUAUUACAGCAAAUGAACAAAAAAGGGACAGAAAAGGGAAAAGACUUAAACUUGGAGUACGGGAAAGGACAUGAGGAUCUGAAACACAGGAAUUCCGGUUUCAGAAAAAAUACUUCACAGAUGUAUUUUCCAGAUGAAGAUACAAGUUUGUCAUAAAAUUAUGCCCAGCCAAAGGAAAUGACAGAGACACCUUAAGCACACAUAUACAUGCUUGAGGAAGCCACAACAUAAGCACCUCCAACGGGACUGACUUCAAAAGUCUGAGGAUUACUGGGAGAGAAGAAGGACAAUCAGGCUGAAAGAGCGGGACCAUGCUGGGCUGUCAGAUCCAGACUGGGUUUGUGCCGGUUCUGCUGGCCUGUUUCUUUCUGCUGUUGGCAUCUGGUUCAGGGAAUGCACGCAUGAUCAGGAAGAGGGGACUCAACCAUAAGGACUAUGAGUACCCCAACCAUCCUCAGACCACUCAGCACCAGAAGAACGACCGCUGUCCUCCUCCACCGCAGAUGCUGCCCGAGCGAGCCUGUGAGGUGCCGGGCUGCCGGUCCGAUUCUGAGUGUGAGAGACACAAGCGGUGCUGUUACAACGGCUGCAUCUACGCCUGCCUGGAGUCAGUGCAACCUCCACCCGUGCUGGACUGGUUGGUGCAACCCAAGCCACGGUGGUUAGGAGGGAACGGCUGGCUAUUAGAUGGACCAGAAGAGGUUCUGCAGGCUGAGGCCUGCAGCACCACAGAGGAUGGAGAUGAGCCUUUGCUCUGCCCAACUGGUUACGAGUGCCACAUUAUCAACCCGGGAAACCCCUCAGCUGGGAUCCCAAACCGAGGCCAGUGCAUCAAACAGCGUGGAAACUCAGAUGGACGUAGCCUGAGACACAAGUCCUUCAAAGAUUACAAGGAUUAUUUAGGAAGUAACUCCAACAAUGCAGUGAGCUAUGAGAAACAUCAGAACAAGCAUUUGGGCUGAGACAGGUGACUGAAAGUUGGUUCCAUUUUAGAGGACUGAAGAAACCAGUAACCGGUGACCAUUAUACUUGAACCCCAACCAUCAAAUCCAACAGAACUGCACAAGCCUUUCUCAUCAGCUCAAACCAGAGAUCGGUUCAUAUCUGGUGCUCUUUUUCUUAGGUGCUUAAUGUGGAGUGACAGAAAUGCAAAGCUAAAAUUUCCUACCUCUUAUAAAAGCCAAAAACAGACCACAGAAAGUAUCAAAGAACUUAUACAAUAACAUGUCUUAUACAUAUGCCUACUUCGGGUUAAAAAAAAAAGCAGAAUUAACUAUAUGUGAGUUGUGCUGAAGGAAGAUACUUUGUGUGGUUUUUAUGCUGCUGAGUCUGAACUCUUUUAUUUUCACUUUAAACACCAAAAACAGCUAGUUAAUGUAUGCUGAAUGCUCAGUUACUAUGUCUGUGGAUUUAAAUUUUGGUACAGAAAUGCUCCAUAAAGGUUUAAAGGGGUCAUAGGAUGCUACA